AUGCUUGUGGGAGAGCAGUCGCCGGCGCCGCGGGUGGUGGCCGGUUUGCGAAAAUUACGGCCAGAAUUGACACCAGGACCAAUACCUUCUCCGGCAGAUCCUAACCUUAGGAUAUCAGGUGUUCUCAGACAGUAUUACAAUGACGAUGACGUUUCCUGGGCCUGGGUUCGGUGUGCAGUACGUAGCGGGUGUCUGUUAGCCUAUAGAGAUGGUACAAUACCCAGGCGACCUGCCGCGAGGCUGCCCCUCAGACAUUUGCACCUUCGGUGUGCCCCAAAUCUGCUCAACGCUUUCCAGCUCUCUAGACUUCGGGAUGACGCCACCGUCGCCACAUUUCAGGCUUGCAAUGCGACGGAAUACGCCCGGUGGGUGCGAGCGCUGUGCGUUGAAAUACUUGGACAGACGCCACUACCCCAAGUUAGGUUCCUCGAUGUCUUGCCAGCGGCUGACACGAACCAUUCUUACCGCAAACCAAAGACCACGCUGCAAGAAACGCCAAUGUGUCCUCCCAGACCACCCCCCAGAGCGAGACGGAGAUUAAUAACUAUGUCCGAAACUCAUUUACCUCGAAGGGAUCAUUCACCUGCUGCGACGGAUGAGGGCAUCGUCGUAGAAGACGACGAUUACGACUCAUCGUCUGAUCGCAGCCUCGACCUAUCGCUGUCUCUUGAUGGACUAAAAACUAUAGAUGUCGUUGACGCACCACUAAAAACCGAAAUAAAAUGUGACAAUUGCAGUAAACUUAGCAAAAGUCCUCGUCACACACUUCCCAGAGCAAGGUCGACUGAUACAGAAUUAGGACGACACCGAUAUCUAAAACGCUGGGAGGGCACGACCGGUGGGGCAGAAAGGGGGAGGUAUGCUAUGGAAAUGGCUAGGCGGAAGACGGCAUCGCUAGAGAACCGUGCAAGAUCGUGCUCACCAAAUUCUCAUGAAAUAGUAUCAAAAUAUGUCCCGGUGAGAGAGAGGCGGGCGUUGUUCGAGUCAUUGUCACAGACUGGGGGCAGCUUGGCGCGGAGUAGUGAGCAGCUGGCUCGGCCAGUGCCUGUGACUGAGACUCCUCGGCGGGCCGCAUCAUUACAUGACCUUCAGGCUCCUCCGACGAGGUCAGUGAGUGACUUGAGGCAAUUCUUCGAGGCGGUGGCGCGCGGCGCGGGUUGCUCCGAUGCGCGUUUUAGCGCCAAUCCCGUGCCGCGCGCCUUCGUAUCGCUCACGUGCGCUUGA